AUGUCUAACUUCAAGGAUAUAGACAUGAUAAGUGUCUGUCAGGAUAUGUCAGUGAAAUCUAACUGUCAGGAUAUGCCAAUGAAAUCUAACUGUCAGGACAUGUCAGUGAAAUCUAACUGCCAGGAUAUGUCAGUGAAAUCUAACUGUCAGGAUAUGUCAAUGAAAUCUAACUGUCAGGAUAUGUCAAUGAAAUCUAACUGUCAGGAUAUGUCAGCGAAAUUUAACUGUCAGGAUAUGUCAGUGAAAUAUAACUGUCAGGAUAUGUCAAUGAAAUCUAACUGUCUGGAUAUGUCAGCGAAAUCUAACUGUCAGGAUAUGUCAAUGACAUCUAACUGUCAGGAUAUGUCAGUGGAAUCUAACUGUCAGACUUUGUCACUGAAAUAUAACUGUCAGGAUAUGUCAGUGAAAUCUAAUUGUCAGGAUAUGUCAAUAAAAUCUAACUUUCAGGAUAUGUCAAUGAAAUCUAACUGUCAGGAUAUGUCAGUAACAUCUAACUGUCACGAUAUGUCAAUGACAUCUAACUGUCAGGAUAUGCCAGGGAAAUCUAACUGUCUGGAUAUGUCAAUGAAAUCUAACUGUCAGGAUAUGUCAGUGAAAUCUAACUGUCAGGAUAUGUCAAUGACAUCUAACUGUCAGAUAUGUCAAUGA